AUGGGUUACAGUCAAUGGGACUGGAUUCUUGGAGGUGUCGACUCGCUUCCACAAAUCAGCAUGGAGUGCCCAGCAGAAGGCAAUGGUGCUUCCUAUCGUGGUUGGAAGCACUGGCGUGGUACCUUUUUCUUGGGUGCAUACAUGGAUAAUCAACAACAGAAAGGCAUGCAGCCUCCCUACAUCAGGCUCGUGGACGGGGCGCUUCUUCCUGCGCCACUGAUGGGUGACAAGGUGGAAUGGUUGAAGAGACCUCUCUCGCCUGGUGAGGUGACGAACAUCUUGAAGGGUUUCCUGCAGUGUUCAGAUCACAACUUGACCAGCCACAGCUUGAAGGCCACGACAUUGAGUUGGGCUGCUAAAGCUGGAGUACCCAGGGAUCAGCGUAGGAUCCUGGGGCGCCAUGCAGCUGCAGUUAAAGGUGCUGAUUCUUUUUACAGCCGUGACAUGAGCAUUGGGCCGGUGAAUUCACUGCAGAAGGUUUUAGCAAUGAUUCGUGAUGGAAUUUUUCACCCGGAUGCUACACGUGCAAACUACUUCGCAUGCAGCCCACAGGCUUCUGCCAGCACCCCAGCUCAUGUUGUCAUGCAGCCGUUCACACCAGCAUACUUGGAGAGGACACAACCUGCAACACCAGGGAUUGCACCGUUGACCCCAAGAGUUGCAGAAGCAGGACAACAACCUUCGCAGUUGAAAUCAAGAGAAAAGGAAUGGGUUGUUGCCAAUGACGCUGGUGACAGGCAUGUCAUUGAAAUUUCAUCUGACUCCAGCAGUGAAAGCCCUGAAAGUGAAACUUGCAGAGACACCUCAAGUGUUGCAGACACCAUUGACUUGGAGGAUGAAGAGCAACCAGCUGUGCCAGUUGACGCAGGUGUAGAAGAACGAGAAGUGGAAAUUCUGGCCAGGAACUUAAAAACAAAAAUUAUUCACGAGUGCCGCAAUGACGCGCAUGUUUCAAUUUGUGAUCAGAGCUCUUAUGACGAAGUCAUGAUUGGAGCUUUGACCUCGUGUGGUCGUGUCAUGACGAGCAGCUACAAACUGGUGUUUGGGCCCUUACGACUGGACUGCAAAGUGCAGAAUUUGUUUCAAGGGCAGACGGGCAUCUUAGACUUGUGUCGUUUCACAGCCGUGGUUUGCAUGACAUGUCUUUGA